AUGCUAACAGUCAUGAUAGCCUCAAUCAGGGCCUGUCCUUUGGGGCAGUUCCUCUUCCCAAAAACCAGAUUUCGUCCCUUCUCUCUCUCACCACUACCAGGUCGAACCUUUUCUUCAUCCACCUCUCCGCGUACGGCUUCCCUAGAGUCAUCAGAACGGAGCAUCCUGGAUUACAUGAACCAGAACAACUACGACAAAUGGGGCUGGGUGAUUUAUCGCUGCACCUACAACGACGACGAAGCCUGGGCUCGAUUCAAAGAUACCGUGGGCCAUCAAACACGUCAAUCCAUUGCCAAGUCAAAAGCACCUGAACUUGGCAACAAACUGGAGCUCACUUUUAUCGAGAACCGCGGGACUCUGGACAAUGCUCCCAAGGAUCAGCUUCGCGCUCACUUCAAUACAUGGGCAGCUAAGGCGGUUCAUACUGAGAAUCCUCGACGGCCAAGAACGCUAUAUGACAUCUAUGGCAUUCCAAGAUACAACUACUUUGUUCAUGUUGAUGAGGGUGCCUUGCAGAGUGUAGUCUAUCCUGGCCUACACAGUAUUGGUUAUGUGAAUUUGGUCAAAGCUGACUGGGUACCCAUGAGCGAACAACCAGCAGGUGGUAAGCUGUGUGAUGAAGAUGACUACUUUGAGGAAGAACAAUAUGAACCGAUUGAUGGGUGCUGCGAGGAGGAUGUCGGUUGGAUGAGACUGGCGGUGGAAAAUCUAGGUGCAGGAUUCUAUGAUUCUAUGUUUUGCUUGGACGACAUGUGGCAUGUUUUUUAUAAACGACCUCCAGAGGUUGUGCUUUAUUAG